UAGUGCGCGUACAAAAAUUUCGGGAAAUUGAAAAGUCAACAAAGCCAUCGCCAGCAGAAUGUCAGCGUUAAUGAAAUCUCUGUGCUUGGCCAAGCAACUGAGCGCCACCAAUCCACGACUGUCGCUCCACAUUGCGCGCAAUCUUGCCGGCUGGAAUAAGGAUUACACUCCGGCCCCAUAUCCCAAGACGCAAAAGGAGCGCGAUGCGGCUGCCAAGAAAUACUAUCUGCUGCCCGAGGAGUACAAACCAUAUGCGGACAAUGGCUUGGGCUAUGGUGACUAUCCCAAGGUGGGCGGCGGUCUUGGUGUCGAGAACAAGGAUUCCUACUAUCCCUACGAUUACCCCGAACACAAGCGUAAUUUCAAUGAGCCCGUGUCCGUUGAUCAUGAUCUGUAUAGUGAGGAUCGUUACUCACAGGCGGAACAGCCACGCUAUAGCAAUUCCUACUACUUCCUCACCUUCCUGGGCGUGAUGUCCGGCUGCCUGGCGCUCUAUUACUGGCUGGAGGACAAGAAAAUGUAUCGCCCCGUUGCCGCUAAGCAAUAUCCCGCCGAUGGCGUCAAACACUACACUUUUGAGCGUUAAACGGCAGGACUGGAGGGAUGGGAGUAUGGGCAUGGAAUGAGGAUGAGGCUUUGCUAACGAUUUGUCAUUUCAUGUUUUGAUGCGCGCCUUCACAUUUGUUAACCAAUUAGGCAAUUUAUCAACAACGUACCAAUUAAAGGAAAAAAGUCUAUCUGAAAGGAUUAGAA